AUGUCUGCGUGGCUAGUCCCCAGUCUAAGAUUUCGUUGUCUGGCCAUCAAGGACAAUAUUGUCACGGCCUCCUACCCUACAACAUGCGGCUCCAAGCUUCUCCAAGAUUACCAGAGCCCCUUUGGAGCGUGGGUGACUCCUGCAAUUAACAAACGUUGUACAGUUCCUAUCACUGGCAAAACAAAGUUAGACGAGUUUGGUAUGGGUUCUCACUCGCAAAAUUCCUCCUCUGGGAGUGUGGUCUUUGAGUUUGGUGGAGAGUCCCUCUCUCCCGGAGGCAGCUCAGGAGGAAGCGCCCUUGCAGUAGCUGAUCCAGCUGUUCCAGGUGUGGUCGCCUUUGGAACUGAUACAGGAGGCUCUGUUAGAUUACCCGCAGCAUAUACAGGGGUGGUUGGCUUCAAACCAUCAUAUGGCAUAUUGUCAAGGCAUGGCGUGGUGCCUUACGCCAACUCCCUCGACACAGUGGGAAUUCUGGCUCGAAAUGUCGGAGCAGCUGCCUCGUUGUUGUCGUUCUCCCGUGACUGUGAUACAAGGGAUCCUUCGACAUUGUCCGAAGAAUCGCGAGACAGAGCGCAUAAAGUACGUGCCGAAGCAAGACCAGGCAAGCGAGGAGCGGAUCAACUCAAUAUAGAUCCUUUAAGUCAUAGGAAACGCGUAUUAAGAUACCAACAGUCUGGCUUUAGCGGCAUGCGGAUUGGUGUCCCGGUCGAGUACAACAUCAAGGAGUUGGCCCCGGAAGUGAAGCAAGCAUGGCAUGAGGCUUUGUGGUUGUUGGAGCAACAUGGAUGCACAAUUGUACCAAUCUCCUUGCCCAGCACAAAGCAUGCCCUUUCUGCAUAUUAUGUGAUCGCCCCAGCUGAAGCAUCCUCCAAUCUAGCAAAGUACGACGGGGUCAGAUAUGGUACGCGCAGAGGUCAAAGCGAUGCUAUAGGAAAGGUUCUCUAUUCCCAUACCAGAGGUUCAUUUGGGGAAGAGGUCAAAAGACGGAUACUUUUGGGAUCUUAUACACUAAGCUCUGACGCGAUUGAUAACUAUUUCAUCAAGGCUCAAAAGGUUCGCAGACUAGUCCAAAGGGAUUUCGAUCGUGUUUUCGCUAUUCCAAACCCACUGAGGGAUUCCACUCAAUACGAUCUCUCCGAUAUGGACGAAUCGAUAUUGUUACAAGAUAAGCUGGGUCCUCCCCAGGUCGAGUUUAUCGUAUGCCCGACAACACCUACAACUUCACCAACACUUGAAAGCUUGUCGAAGCAAACCCCGGUUGACUCUUACAUGAAUGAUGUAUUUACUGUUCCUGCAAGUUUGGCUGGAUUGCCUGCUAUCGGUAUUCCCUUUAAUCAGCUAGCAAACAGCCCUCGAAUAGAUAAACCCAUCGGCAUCCAGAUCAUUGGGCAAUAUUCGGACGACGUUCAAGUGCUUGCUGUGGCCGAUACAUUGAUCUCACUGCAAAAACUUAAGAGUCUAAAAGAAGAGUCUACUCAUGAAGUAGAAGAAGCUAGGCUUCCUGUUCCUACUAAUCACUUCGAAGGCCACUCGGGGCAUCUUCGAGUGGACCCUAAACCUUCAAUUCGUCAUCGGGGAAACGCCCCUCGUGGUCUUCGGGGGGUGCGUUAUCACGAUGUUGGACCUCAUCACCGGCCGAAAGGAUGGGCAAAAGGAAAUUUGCUUCCGCGUGUUAGAACCGUGAAGCAUGACUACUGGAGGCGUGAGAAUGAUACAUACAAUUCUAAGAACGGUAAUCGACCUUCUAUUCGGUGGUGGAAAGUUAGAGGUCGCACGAGCCCCAAAAGAGUCCCGGAGAUUUCUACCACGUUGGCCAAAUGGGAGGACGAUCUUUCUGGUGGUGGAUCGAAACCAUGA